CGGCCCGUGCGUUGGCCGAGGAGUCUUGGCGCGGCGUCCGCGGGCGCCGAGUGCGAAUGACUCCGCCGCUGACGCGUGCCAUGUCUCCACUCCGGCAGGAUUCGUGACCCUUGUGUUUUGGGUUCCGGGAGCCCCGUCUGGCCCCACAGCUGACGUACUCCGGGGGUUCAAGGCUUCCAGCCCUCUGUCUGGGAUUGGCAUCUGCACUCCUUCUUCCUCCUGUCACUCAAAUAAAUCUGCAUGUAACUGCCACAGGAACAGACUCAAAAAGCACAGGGAGGGCCGGCAGAGGGAUAAAUAGGAUUGAACGGGGCAGACUCGAUCCCAUGGAUGAGCCCAGUGAAGUCGGAGAUAGUGGAGCCCGGCGAGCUUGUGACCAGUGCCGCAUAAGGAAGAUCCGAUGCGAUAAAGAGUUUCCCUGCUCAAACUGCCGGACGGCCCAUCGCUCAUGCAGCUCCGCGGGCGCCGGCCACAAAACCCGAGAGGCCCGGCAGAGGGUCCUAAUCUCCGCCCAAUACGAGAGGAAGAUUGACCACUUCGAGGAGCGACUGAGGGGCAUAGAGGACCUCCUCAGAAAGCUCUCUGCCUCCCUUGACAACCGGCCGUCCGAGCUCCCGCGCCACACGCACCACACGCACCGCAUUUUCGAGCCCAGCGAUGCCACGGCCAUCACCCCCUCGGCCAUCGGCGACGGUUCGAGCACCGCCUACGAUGAGGACCGCGACGAGCUCGACUCGACCUUCGAGGGGACCUCGUCGCUCACGGUCCAAACCGCGCUAGCGAGCGAGUUCCUCGAGGACGCAGUUGGGAGGACGUCGCUGAGGGAGCUGAGUCCCGAGAUGAAGUCUGCCCUCUCGUCGCUGCAGCAAAUUGUAGGGAUGCAGCAACAGAAGCCCUCGGCCGAGUGGGCGAGGUUUCCAAAUCAAAAAUCCAUGCCCAGGGGCGGCAUCAAAGAACUCCCCAUGCCUCCCCUGCAGGUGGUGCUUUCGAUUCUACGGGAGAUGAAAGAGGAGCCGCCCUUGACCUACUGCAUGGUCAGCGCCUUCAUCACGACCGAAGACUUUACAAAAUACUGCCGACAGGUCUACUUCGCCACGGAGGACUUCAGCCUCGUCACCUUUAUCAUCGUCAAUGGCGGGCUGUACUAUCUCCUCCUGGAGAAGCAUAUCCUGGAGGAGGACGAGACCGCCGCCGCCGAGUUUCUCAGCUACCAGCACCUCUGCCAAGACAACUUGAAGACGGCCCUGGCAAACCUCCCCCUAUUCCUGCCAGCGAGGAUUGAUAGCAUCCAAGCUCUCCUCCUCGGGGCAAGCUACGCCAUCGAGGUAUCCAAGCCCUCCCUAGCCUGGCGGCUCAACUCGACAGCCGCCCAGCUCUGCAUGACGCUAGGCUACCACCGACAGCCGCCCAGCGGCGCGACAGCCGACGAAGACGCCGCCGCCAACAAGCCGGCCCUGUUCUGGUUCGCCUACAUGCUCGACCGCGGCCUCGCGCUGCGCCUCGGCCGCGCCUCGGCCAUCCAGGACUACGACAUCACCCGCCCGCGCACCAUGGGCCACCGCACCGGCAUGCCCGACCAGUGGCGCGAGGCCAUGGACCUGUGGAUCGCCCACGCAGAGGUCCAGGGCCUCGCCUACGAGCAGCUCUACAGCCCCGCCGCCCUGGCCGGCCCGCCCGCCCGCCGCGCCGAGUGCGCCCGCCUGCUGGCCCGGCGCCUGGAGGACAUCGCCGACCGCGGGGCGGCCCUGCGCGGGGGCGUCGCGGGCACCUCGGGCUCCGGUUCCGGCAGGGGGGGCCCCGAGCAGCUCGGCGUCAUCGGCGCCAUGACCAUCGCCGUGCUGCUCAAGUCGGACGAGGUGCUGGUGCGGUCGUCCCUGGCGCUGGUGUACCGCGCCGUGCCCGCGCCGCCGGGCCUACCGAGCAGCCUCAGCGCUGAGUGCGUCGAGGAGGCGAGGGAGGCGUUCCGGUCACAUCAGGAGGUCAUGGAGUUGACGGCUUCGAGCACGGUCAUGAAGAAUACGUAUCUGCAUUGGACCAUCCUGGGCGCGCCCUUCAUCCCAUUCAUCGUCCUCUUCUGCCACGUCGUCGAGACGUCGGACGCGGACGACCUGCGGCGGCUGGCCGAGUUCGUCGCGUCGCUGCAGCAGAGCUGCGGCGCCUCCGAGGCCGUCGACAAGCUCCACCGCCUCUGCCAGGUCCUGUACAACGUGGCGGCGCUCUACGUCGAGGCCAAGGCGCAGCAGCAGCAGGACCGCGACAUGACGCUCGUCGGCAACGACUUCGACAUGUAUCUGAGCCAGCUGGGGCUCGUGCCCCAGGUCGACGUGCCCAGCUCGGGCCUGGACGGCGAGACGGCGGCGGCGUCGAGCCUGGGAGACUGGUUCUCGGGUGGUAGAGAUAUGAUGGGUUUGCUGGAGGAGGACAUGUCCAUGUUCCAGCCGGAGAUAUAGUCGUCGUGUAUGGGUGCUCUUGUCCCAAAAUAAUGUCCACCCCUGUAGUUGCGGACUCUCGUCGUGUCCAUCCGGCUGCCACAGGAAAUAUCAUCGUGCUGCCCUUCAGUCGGUCGGGAAUCUCGGGUCGUAAACCUCGUAGCCCUCAUCCUCGGUAUCGCUCUCGACCAGCUCGCUCCUCACCGCAGACGCGUCUUCCUUGCCGGGGACCUCUUCCACCUUCACAUCCCCCGCCUUCUUGCUCUUAGCCUCCUCCUCCUCGCCUCCCCCGGCCCCCACGGGCACAAACGCGGCCUUGAACCCCGUCUUCUUAAACCCGCCCUUCCUGAACC